AUGGCACUAUGGUUCGAAGGCACAGAAAUUAAAAUAAGAUUAUUAUAUUUCUUAUGUAUUUUCUUAAUUAUUAUGGGUAUUAUAUCAGCAUUUUCAACAUUUAUUAUUGGAUUUAUACUUUGUGUUGGUAGUAUAUUAAUAGCAGGUUGUGGUAUUGCUGGUGCAAGAUUUAAUUCACAUAAAUUAUUAUUUUACUUUAUGUGUGGUUUAGCCAUUUUAAUAAUUUUAAGUUUUCUCUCAAUCAUUAUCACUGCAAUUACAGAUGGUUGGUCAUGGUGGAUGAUUAAAGAUUUCGUUUUCAUUGCUACAUAUUCUGCUGGUAUAUUUUUAGCUUUCCUCUUAAGAGGUAGAUCUUUCAGAAUGAAUCCAUCUUCAACUCAAAAUUCAAAUUUCCAAAAACUUUAA